AAUGACGUUCCAACCCGGAAGAAUUGUCCUCUUCUGAUUAACGUUUGAAUAAACAAGAAUGGCCCAUUUGUUUUAGGAAAACAUUGCAAGCGAUGUUGCUAAAAAAUAUCGUAUAUUUCAACUAAGAAAUAUAGAUGUCUUGGAAGGCAUGGACAUGAACGAAUGUGUGUAACAACGCCCUAAUGUCAGCCACCUUGUUGGAUAAAAAGAACCCCGUUGUGUUCACGAAUCGGUAGGAAUUAUUGUUACCCUGCAGUGUGGUUGUUUUUGACGAAGGAAUUAUGGCUGAAUUGCACGUUGUGGAGCAGAGUGGUACUAGCACUAUAGAACAAACCGAGCACCGUGAUGUCCGAGGCUCUGUUCGGCUGGCUUCGUCCAGUCUCAUGGUUCCGCCGCGGAGUAGCUUGCCCACCAGUCCCGGGGUAUCGAGUACUAGCAGAGUAGUGUUUGGGUUUCCAAUGAGAAGCAACCCCAGUUCCCCGUCAGAGCCAGCAGAGAAACCCGGAUCCCGCUGGGUUCGCCUCAAUGUUGGUGGAACCUGCUUUGUCACAACCAAACAGACAUUGUGCAGGGACCCCAAAUCGUUCCUGUACCGAUUGUGUCAAGAAGAUCCGGAUUUGGACUCUGAUAAAGAUGAGACCGGUGCAUACCUCAUUGACAGAGAUCCCACAUACUUUGGCCCCAUUCUGAAUUACCUGCGGCAUGGGAAACUGAUCAUGGACAAGAACCUAGCAGAAGAAGGUGUCCUUGAGGAGGCGGAGUUCUACAAUAUUGCGUCAUUGGUGAGGCUGGUAAAGGAGAGGAUACGGGACAACGAGAACAGGACAUCUCAGGGCCCAGUGAAACAUGUGUACCGGGUGCUGCAGUGCCAAGAGGAGGAGCUCACCCAGAUGGUGUCCACCAUGUCAGAUGGCUGGAAGUUUGAGCAGCUCAUAAGCAUCGGCUCGUCCUACAACUAUGGUAACGAGGACCAGGCUGAAUUCCUGUGUGUGGUUUCCCGGGAGCUCAACAACUCCACUAACGGCAUUGUCAUCGAGCCCACUGAGAAGGCCAAGAUCCUCCAGGAGAGAGGUUCACGGAUGUGAUGAGACUCCCAGGCCUGAGCUCACCCUGCUCAGCUCAUGUGACAUUUCCUGAUGUCCCCUGCACCACCUCAGCCAUGGUCCAAACCUUCACCUGUUUCACCUCCCCCUCCUCUGGGUGUGCCUUUCCACAGUGGGGGGUUCCCAUCCCCCUCCCCUACAGUGCUGCAACAUAACCCCAUCGUCAUUUCUUAUUCUCAGUUAUAUUCAUGAACAUUUUGAGGGAUUCUGAAGAGAUGGCAAUAGAGUAUUAUUAAAUGCAACACCUGUUGUCAUAAAUUGGCUUUUGAAGAUUCAGGUUUUGCCCCUGAUCAUAAUCCCCAUCUUGUCUAUAGUACCUCCACACAGAGCUAAAUCAUUGUCACCUUCCACAUUGAGGUGAUCACACAGUUAGUGGGGAGCCCUUUCCUUGUCUGUCCGGCUAUGUCGAUUUGGCGGAAAUCUGUGAUAAUCUCCUCAGGACUUUCAAAGGACGAAAAAAAAAUAAUCUACUGACUGACCCGCCCCACCUACAACCUUGAAUAUCCACCAUCCACCAGCUGGAGCUCCAAGAUAGUUCAUAGUCGCUUUAGAGGCUGACGGCGGAGGGGUGGGGCUGAGGACAAUGAAGCCACCAGAAUCUUCUACAGCUCUCAAAUUCAAAUCUGGACCUCAAUCUGGAACCCCCCGCCCCCACAUUCUUCCCCCUCUAAUCAGGGACAGAUUUAAACUUGGGACACGAGGUGGGUGCGAUUUUAAUUAUCAGGUAGAACAGAAAACCAGCAGUAGGAUGGACCUUGUAGGGUAAGAUUUGAAUACCCCUGUUCUACAGCAUCUCUUUUGGUCAUCUUGUGCAGUCAGUCCUGCUCUCACACAAACGCUUUCAUAAUAAAACUAGAGGAUAGUGGGGAGGGACAGACCUUUGUCUAACAGAGGCUCCACCCCACCGUGGUUCAUCAGUGACUUUCACUGCUGAGUGCUGAGCAUCCAUCACACUGAGCAUCCAUUUUUCUUUUUGGCUCAGGUCAAAGUCCUUUGUCACCGAAGAGGGCACAUCUUUUAUUUUUUUAUUUUUUUGCAGCUGUGCUAGUGAUGUUUCAGUGCAAAAGAAAACACACAACUUAAAAGACUAAACCACACACAUGUACACAAUUGUCAGGCAUGUGAGAAAUAUAAAUCUAUAUAUAAUGAAAUUAUAUGGAGAAAAUGAAUGCAAAUUAUUAAUAUUUGUCAUAUUGUUGUGUAGUAUGGUGAGUUUAUUCCAUUGGGGGAGGACAUAUCACUCCUCUCUGUGUUUCCCCCAUUGACAAAGGUGUGCGUUUGUGUAUGCAGUGCCUCUCUGCUAUACGUCAAUGAUUGGAAAUAUGAUCAGCGACCCAGAGUUUUUCAAUGACACAAAACUUCUAAGCAGAUUUUUCUGUCCCUUAUCACCCUUUCAAACAAUCCUUAUUUCUCGCAGCUCUGUGUUCUCUGCAUAUCUUAAAAUUGUAAUCCGAGAUAAGAGACGGGUUACUGAAAAGCUGUGAUGGCAUGAGUCCAGUACAGUGUGCCUGUUGGACCUUUGAUCAUCUGUAAUCUGCCAAGCCUUGUUUCAUUUUCAUGCCAAUUAUCACUCACUGUGCAUUUGCCUGCUACACACCUUGGCGUAUGUUCAGUUAACAGCUUUGCUUUACAUUUUGCAGUAUGCACUGUUUUGUAGCUCUAGAGUAUGCGGAAAUGAAUAUUUGAAAUGCAUACUCUGGAAUUGUUACAGAGUAGGUAUACCCACAGGAACAUUGGGUAUUGAAAUUGCCUCAUGGAUGGGACAUCUCUGUUUUUUGAGUUGUAACGUUGGGGGAAAAUAAGGAAAUUAUACUUUGUUUCUCAACAAGUGUUCCAUCUCUCUGUGCCAACCAGCAGUGAUGGGUACAAGCUUGUCUGGAGUAUACUUCUCUUAUACGCAUAUCAUUGUCCUGGAGUAAAUCCUGGUAUUACCCCGAUUUGUACUACAUUCUGUCAAUUUGACUGUGUACUUAAAAUAAGUACCCCAUAGUUGAUCAAUGUCACAUAAUCUGUACACCUUUUCCUGUGUAUAAUGAAUAUUUGGUGCAAUUAUGUUAUAUCGGCAUGUGUAAGAAUGCGUUCAACUUAAAAACCACACCCCAAAAUAAUUACCUGUGCUGUCGUUAUGCUCCUUGACUUUUUAUUUUUUGUGACUUUUUUUCCCCCUUGGAGUGUAUGUUGUGCAAUUCUACUACUAAACUGGGACAAAACUGCAGUAGCGCACAGACUGUGCUGCUGGAAGAAUGACUGACUCUCUAAUAGAGGCUCUUUUUCUCCUCUUUGGGCCUUUUUCAAAGCCCCUGGGGGUUGUUCUCUUUCCCUUUGUCUGUCUGUGUCCAGUGUUGUGCCUUUUUGACCUGUGUUGUGCACAGUUGUUGCCCCCCUCUGGCUUUUGAGGCUCCUCUCGCAUUGGAAAUGAAACGCUACGAGGCACCGAGGGACCCGUGUGGCGUGGUUCCUCUGUUGGUUCGAUCUCCUGUUAUUAGUCAGUGAGAGAAACUCCUGGAAUAGACCGUGACCGAGUCUAUUCUUCCGUCAUGACUGGGUCCUGUUUGUUUACGUACAGUGCAGAUUAUUAGGCUUAACUCCUUUUUUCUUUUGUGCCAAUACUUUUUAACCAAGCCCCCCCCCCCCCCUGUUGACCCCUGUACCUUAGCUCCAGAACCAUUUCUGUUAGUUUGUCGCUGCAUUCCUUUGUUUUCUUUCCUGUCAUAAAAGUGCGUAGACUGUAGGUGCAGUUGGCAUUGUAAGUUUACCCCACAACCAGCUGAGAGGCAGAGAACAGGAGUCAGUGGUUGUAGUUGCGAUUUUAUCUCAGUAAAAGGGUCCAUCCACCAAGUCGGUGCCUUUUGAGAUGUGUAACUUGGUGAAACAAUAACAUUUGAUUUCACCUCAUUUUUACAUUCUGUCAUAAAGAGCCCGUUUUCUCAUCUUUAAUUGUUUUUAAUGCCUAUAUUAAGUGCCAAAUAAAGUAACAGGGUUGACGAUUUCAUCUUAAAUCAGACAUAACUCCACUUGUGACAGGGGAAAUUGAAAGUUGUGUGCAACAGGGAGGGGCAAUUGGAACGCAAGCUUCACAAAAAAACAUAAUUGUUAGAACACUUCUAACCUGUGUAUCUAUGGUAACUCAGUUUUCCACAACAAAACACCAGGAAAUGCAGAGUAGAAACAGCUGACCUGAUUUUAAAAUGAAUCACUAAUCAUAUGAAAUAAUAAACUUCAGAAAUUGAUUUGUCAAAGCAACAAAAUAACUAGGGCUUUACAAUGAUGGUGAAAACUUGAAUGUUCCUGGAAGUCAGAAGGUGCAUGGUUGGACAUGUCCAAUUGCUGAAUUUUGCCCUUUUAAUAAGUCUUUAUUCAUAUUUUUUUAAAUAUUGAAUUCUCCAUGUGGUCUAUAUUAAAGGGCACAUCAGGCAUUUAAAAUUCAAUAUUGGUUGGUGCACAAUUUCACUUAAAAUAUCAAAGGGACGCAAAAGGCACUCAUUUCGUGGCACGAACCAAAAGCCAACAGUGCCCUUUUCUUUUGGGAAAAUGGCAAGACAUGUUUAUUUGGCUUUCUCUCUUGAAUUGCAUGUUUAAGGCAACUUAUGCUGUCUGUUUUGAUCCCUAUGACAAUUACACUGACAGAACUUUUUUGUUGUUGAUGUAUGCAUUCACUUUGAAGCACUUAUUUUUCACUCCAGUGAACCCAAAUUUCUCCUUUGACAUUAACUUGUUUCCUUUUAUACAUAUUGGUUCAUCCAAUUUUUAAAUUGAACUUUGUGCUUGGAUACAAACGAUCAUUGCAACAAAAAAAAGUGUUUUCCCCUAUCACUGCACUAUUUAGAUAUUUGUACUAUUUGAACAAAUCUGCAAAAACACAUGCAGUGUACUAGAGAAUACGAUGUUGUGUACUGGAGUUUGUCGGACAUCUGUGUUAGUACAAACUGUAUAUGGAGCAUGGAUGGAGAGCAGAGGGAGGCAUGGCUGUAGUAGGUGUACAUUUCUUGUGUGGAACAGUGAGUCUGCAACUAGAAGUGUUCUCUAAUCAUGUUUUGUUUCUGUUUUUGUGUCAAGUCAAUUUAACAGUUGCUAAAAAAAAACAAAUAACUAGUUUAAAGUUAACCUCACUAAAUUAACAGACUCUUUUGUCUAUUGAAACUGAACACGUCUGCAGACCACAACCUUGGAUUUAGUAUUGACUCAAACCACAAGUCCACACGCAAAAUGAAGAGAGGAUCAUUUUAAUCCGGGCUCCUUCUACCAUAGUUAAUCUGUAACAUCUGCAUGUGUUUAUACACAUACAUACUUGUACACACAUUUUAGAUGUACUGAAAACUUAAAUUAUUUUGAGUGUAUUAAUUUAUCAACAAUAUUCAUGUCAUGUGACUAUUGUCAAUGGAGACUGUGGAGAACUGUUUUGAAGCUGAAACAACAUUUUGUCUGAUUUUCCUUUCCCUUUUAUUUAUUUUAUAUUUUGGAAUUUUGUCUACCAAUGCCUUUUCUUUUCAAUUGAAUAAUUUUAACAAAAUCCAGUCUGGUUUUUAAUUAUAAAAUGUGUCUCUGUUUCAAAA